AUGAACCCGUCAGUGCGCAAGGUUUGCAUCGCAAGAGGGCGCUGUGGAGCAAAGGCACAGCAGCAACCAAACACGCGUUUGAUCGAGGGCCGCCGGAAGCUGAGCCCCUCCAAGGAAGCGAGCGCGGCUCUGGACCACAAACUAUCAAACUCCGAUCCGCCAAAGGCAGCUCCAGGGACAAGGCGAAACCGUCCGCAACACCCCCGCCCUCCCCCAACCCCAACCAAACAAGUAACAGCCGCCCCCAGCAGCGACGGCAGCAAGGAGAAGCAGCAGCAGCAGCAGCAGCAGAAGCAGCAGCAGCAAGGAGAAGCGGUCACCGCGAUGGAGGAUGAUGGAGGAGCACACAGCAAGCAGCAGAAGCAAGGAAGAGGAGUCACAGUUCAAAGGCAGCGACAAUAA